CAUUUGUGAUCUGUCAGUGAGUCAGUGAGGUUCUAGCUCUCGGUUUGAAUACACGUGUAACGAUGAGUGUUGUGGUCAUAUAUCGGUUUAUGUUGGCAAACGCGCUAACUUUAUUUUAUUCGUUUGUUGCGCUUAUCGUUAUAACAUUAAAUUAUUUGAAAAAUCCCUUCCAAAAAUCUCCUCUCAGAUUGGUGCCUCCCGCGCAGCUCACUGAUCCAAAAUAUGGUGUACAUAAAUAUAUUAAAGCAAAUAACACAACAAUUCAUUACGUAGACAGCGGAGACUCAGCGAAACCUUUAAUGCUGUUUGUACAUGGGUUUCCCGAGUUCUGGUACUUAUGGCGACAUCAAAUCGUACACUUCAAUAAGAAAUACAGAUGCGUGGCAGUAGACAUGAGAGGCUAUGGAGAUUCAGAGCGUCCUGAUGACGUGUCAUCGUACAAGUUGGAGUUAUUGAUCGAGGAUAUAAGAGAUCUUAUAAAACAGCUCGGUCACGAUAAGUGUAUCCUGGUAUCUCACGACUGGGGCGGCGUGGUUGCUUGCCGGCUUCGUGACGUGUACCCUGAAGUUUUGAACGGUCUGAUUGUACUCGGCAGUACUGAACACAGCUUGUGGGUAGACACCUUGUAUAAUAACGCCGAGCAGAUGAAAAAAUCAUGGUACAUAUUUCUAUUUAGAAUGCCCUGGAUACCGGAGAAAAUGAUGCAAAUCAAUGAUUUGGAAGUCUUUGAGAAAUCUAUGCUCAGUGGAAGUGGUGUAACUAAAGACGAUAUAGAAUGUUUCAAAUAUUGGUUCAGGAAACCCACGGCCAUGACGCCUCCGAUAAAUUACUACAGGGCUAAUUUCAAAUAUUCAGCGGAAAUUAAAUAUCACGAUGAAAAAGUGCCAUUCCUUUUCGCUCACGGCAGCGAUGAGAAAUAUCUCAACAGUUCGCUGUUGGAACGCAUGAAGGAACAGUAUUCCGUCAUUGAGACAGCCAUCGUGGAGGGCGCUGGUCACUUUUUACCACAAACAGAACCGGAGAAAACAAACAAGCUUAUAGACGAGUUUUUAGAGAAGCACAGUCUGUGAUUUAAUUAGUGUAUAUAUUUAUAUAUUUAGGUAUUAUACCUCCAAAUUAUAUACUACUACUACUACUUUAAUAACAUUUAAACAGCUGCUCUAUACUUUUGGUACCGCUUACAAUCUCCAUAAGUUUAUAUAGCUUACCAACAAUUUUUUAGGUUAAAUGGUGAAGUCGUCUUAUUUAAAUGUAUUUUAUUAAACAAGAGUUCUGAAAA